UAGACCGCGGCUUUCUGGACAAACCGGUUAAUUGAAACUAAAACGCGUGUUGUUUGGACACCAUUUUUACACAUUUUAUCCGGAAUAUCUCUCUGAUUAUCACGGGACAUGUUUGUUUAGUUGGUUACAUUUUUCGUCCUAAUUAUCUAUUUCUUUAUUUAGAUAGUGUAGCUGUGCUCGUGACCUUCAGCAGUGAGAUGGAGCUGGAGCAUUUCGACGAGCGGGAUAAGUCGCAACGGAACAGCCGAGGAGGGGGCAGGCUGAACGGGGUGACCAGCCCGACACACAGCGCCCACUGCAGCCUCUACCGUUCCCGGACACUCAAGAACCUCAGCUCAGAGAAGAAGGCCAAGAAGGUCCGCUUCUAUCGCAACGGGGACCGCUACUUUAACGGGAUAGUGUACGCAAUCUCAGUGGAGCGGUUCCGGUCGUUUGACGCGCUGCUGGCGGACCUAACCCGCACGCUGUCUGAUAAUGUGAAUCUGCCGCAGGGCGUCAGGACCAUUUACUCCGCGGACGGAACCAAAAAGAUCACCAGCACCGAUCAACUGUUGGAGGGCGAGAGCUACGUGUGCGGCUCCAUUGAGGUCUUCAAGAAGCUCGACUACACCAAGAACGUCAACCCCAACUGGUCUGUGAACGUCAAAACUUUGUCUGGGGCGGCCGCCCGCGGGCCCCUUUCUCUGGGCAGCUCCAAGGCUGGACCGCCAGACACCCGGGACCAGGGGGUGAAGGAUUUCAUCCGGCCCAAGCUGGUGACGGUGGUGCGGAGUGGGGUGAAGCCCAGGAAGGCUGUACGGAUUCUGCUCAAUAAGAAGACGGCCCAUUCAUACGAACAGGUCCUCACCGACAUCACGGAGGCCGUCAAACUGGACUCUGGAGUGGUGAAGAAGAUCUAUACACUGGAUGGAAAACAGGUGACAUGUCUCCAAGACUUCUUCGGUGACGAGGACAUCUUCGUAGCGUGUGGACCGGAGAAAUACCGUUACCAAGACGACUUCCAGCUGGAAGAGAGCGAGUGUCGUGUGAUGAAGUCAGUGGUCUUUGGUAAAAUGUCCACCCCUGUGACCAGCCGUGGUUCUCCGCGCUCCAUGGGCCUGUCAAGAGGCAGCAAGUCCCCCGCAGGCUCCGUUAACGGGAAUCCGACCAGUCAUCUGUCCACUCCUUGCUCGGGGAAAUCUCCCAGCCCCUCCCUUCCCAGCCCUGCUACAGACUUCAGACCUAGCAGGGGUAAGACCACAUACACAAUCUGUCCUGCUACACCCCUGUCCUGCUACAUCCUGUCCUGCUACACCCUGUGCUGCUACAGACCUCAGACCUAGCAGGGUAAGACCACAUACACAAUCUGUCCUGCUACAACCCUGUCCUGCUACA